UCUGCAGAUCGAUCGCUUUCUCUCUCUCUCUCCCUCUCUCUUCAAGGACACUUUUGAGACAGCCUCGACCGCAAGGCACGGCUCAGUCCGCGAGCCACCAUUACGCUGUUUGACGUGGAACAGCGAAGGCGGUAUUCACCGCAAUCACGACCAUCGAUCGUCCUCAUCUCGUCCGCUGCUCGGUGUUCCCAGAAAGUACACAGCAGUGGAUCCAUUUGCUUGGGGAACCCCAGCUCAUUGCCACUGCUGCUCCCUCUCUGAAUCUCUCCUUUUAAUGCCUUGUUUCUCCUCUCCUCUCCCCCACAAAACCCCAGCCUGGACAGAUAACAUCAUAGGAGGUGAACUGGCUCAAGGGUUUGAGGAAUCAGUGCUGAGAAGCUCAUUCGAUAGUAGGCAACCUUCUCUGAGAAGACCCAAAGCAAUAGGCCACGAGGUAUGCGUUGAUGGUUCAUCAUUCUUCUUUUGAGAUGCUCAAAGCUGUCUCCCAGUCUCUUAUGUGAUCAAUGGAGAAGCCAUUCAGUUGUUCCCAACCCAUUUCAUUAGUUAGAAAUGGAAUAUGGGAUGUGAUCAAGUUAGAUCUAUUACAGAGUACAAACAGUUCCUGCUACAUUGUCAUUUUGGUGGGUAGCUUUCAUGGCUGAUGAUCACCAGCUCCGGAAGCUGUCUAAAUCUCUUUGGCAAUUGCAUAACCAAUACUCACCUUGCCAAUUCUUGUUGUUGUUGCUCCAAAACCAAAUCUUGUCGUUCUUGGCAGCUGGGAGUCGAGUCGACAUUGUUGAAAGGAAGAAGUGGGAGUCCUUUCAUCUUUGAGCUUCAGACCGAUGUCGUGGUCAAGAGGAUCAGAUUUGCAUCAGCAGCAGUCCCCGCGAGCCCCUCUUCACCUUAAGACUAGUGUUAUCUCUGAAGCCAACAGCCUUCACCGGAUGGUUGUCGACCGCAGCCCGAAGCUCGAGGAUGGACGGUCCCCUCGAAGUCCCCUCCAUGAGAAGAAGCGAAGCACCAGGGUGGCAGAUUUGGAGACCAAGUUGAGCAAAGCUCAGGAAGAGCUCAAGAAGCUCAGAGACCAGUUGGGCUCUGCUGAAGUUGCCAAGGUUGAUGCCGAACAAGCUCUCGAGAAGGCAAAGAAACAGGUUUUUUCUGUGAACCGGAACUCUGAAUUAGACAAACAGAAACCUCUUCCUCAGGAGUCGGAACCGGCAUCAGAGCCUAAGCCACAACCAGCUCCCAAGUCUGAAGUGGAGGAUGUCAGCUCUCCUACCGCUUCUGAUGUUUCCACACUAGCAGUGCCAAUGGAACCACUUGGUCAGGUUAAACACGAGGAGGAGGCAGAGAAGGAGAAGGACGAACAGAAUAUGGAGAUAAUCAUGAAGAAGGAUGAUGAUAACAACAUUGGGGGAGGAGUGGUGGAGAGAAAUGAAUUAGUAGAUCUUCCUGAGAGCCCAGAAGAGGUCAAGCUCAAGUAUAUGAUACUGGAGAAAGAGAAGGAAGUGGAGUUUCUGCUGGAAGAGAACAUGAGUUUUAAGAGAAGAGCAGAGGAAGAAGCCGAGAACCUUGCCGCGGGUGCACGAGCCAAGGAAGAGGAGCUGAAGGCAAAGAUAAGCUCAAUGGAGGAGGAACUGAAGGAGAGCAGGGCAAGAGCAGCACAACUGAUGGAGCAAUUGGCGGCAGCCGAGGGAGCAAAAGCGACGCUCGAAGUGGAGAUGAAGAGGCUAAGGGUGCAAACUGGGCAGUGGCGCAAGGCAGCAGAGGCAGCAACCGCGCUGGUGGCUGCUGGAGACAGAGCUGCCACGGAGAUGGGAGGGAAGAGAGUCGCGGAACGGUGUCGGUCGAUGGACGGUCAUCACGGCGGAUUUGACGGAUGGCAUUUGCCGCUGGUGGGAGGCGAAUCGGAGGAGGAUGGGGUGGUCGGAGGGAGGAGGAAAUCCGCAGGAAUUUGGAUGUUUGGAGACCUGUGGAAGAAGAGAAUGCAGCAGAGGUGAGCAGAACCAGUAUCCGGGGGGGAAUAACUGGAGCUCCUUGUUAGUUAGUUGCUCCUUUGGAGUCCUGUUUUGUUUUCUUUGGUUUGGUGGUUCUCCUGUUCUAUCUUGCUGCUAAUGUUACUGAGCUUAGUAACAUACUGUGAAGGUGUUGUUACAUCUGAAAACUAUAUAUAU